UCGCGUGUCAACACGCAGGAGCGGAGGAGGAGGAGGAGGCGGCGGCGGCGGCGGCGGCGGCUCGCGCGCUGUCAGACGAAGUUUGGAGGCAGCAUGGCCGCUCCGGGCCGCCGUCCGCCGCGGCUGUUGAUGUCGCUCCGCUAGUGGAGCGCGAAGGAGCCCCGAAGUUACUGUAACGUUGUAGCGGAAAUAUUAGUGUGUGUGUGUGUGUGUGUGUGUGUGUGUGUCUCUCUCUCUCUUUAUUUUCGCGGCAGUGUGUGUCCACGGGACACGUCGUCGCACCGAAGUUGCAGCUCGUGUUUCCACCGUGACAGUAGUGUGUGUGUGUGUGUGUGUGUGUGUGUGUUUGUUCGCACGGUAACCCGACGUCAACCCGACCGCAGCGAGUCGAGAGGUUUCUCAGUGUCGCCUCGUUGUUAUCAUCUCACACACACACACACACACACACACACACACACACUUCACUGUGAACAGCUGGACCACGAUCCAGCCGCAAAAUAUGUUUUUAAAAACCUUAAUAUUGUUUUGUCUGAUUUCAAAAAAUAAAAAAAUUGUAAAAAAACAAUCUGAAAAAGGAAUGUGCGCGCGCUGAAAUUUGAUUCCAAGUGGAGUUGUGCAGCUGUGGUCGUCCGCAAGGAUGUUCUGAGGGUCUAGGUUUUUUUUGUUUACGUGUGUGGUUGUUUGCCAACAACAACAACAACAACAACAACAGGAGGUGAUUGUUGCCAUUGACCAGCUGAUCGGAGCAUGUGUGUGUGGUUCAGGGCUGACGCGUGCUGGUCCGGGUUCCAUGGCUUCUACUGUCGGGACGUGUCCAGUUACAGACUCGAGUCCUGCAGUUUGAAAAGCUGAGGCAGUUUGCCGGGACUUGAUGAAAAUAUGAGUUUUUCACUCCAUCAAAGUAAAUGAUCUGGAACAAAAUGCUUAUUUGUAAUUUAGUUUCUUUUAAACAAACAUAUAAUGGGGCAAAGGAGAUGCGCGCGACUGGGCUUCACUCGCUAUUAUAACAGACCAGCAAAAAGUGUUGCGUGUGUGGGAUUGACACUUGCACCUGGUUAUUAAAAAGAAGAAGAAAAAAAUGAAAUCAAAUGAACUCGACAAAAUGGCUUGCGCAGCGGACAGCUGCAUACAAUUCACACGCCACGCGAGUGAUGUUCUCCUCAACCUGAAUCGGCUGCGCAACAGAGACAUCCUCACCGAUGUCACCAUUCUGGUGAACAGACAGCAGUUCCGUGCGCACAAGACCGUCCUCAUGGCUUGCAGUGGGCUGUUUUACACCAUCUUUACCGACUCCCACAAGUGCAACCUUAACGCGAUCAGCCUGGAUCCGAAGGUGGACCCGGAGGGCUUCGCCAUCCUGCUGGAGUUCAUGUACACCUCGCGUCUCACCCUGAAGGAAAGUCUGAUCAUGGCCAUCAUGAACACGGCCAUCUACCUGCAGAUGGACCAUGUUGUGGACACCUGCCACAGAUUCAUCAAAUCCAGUGAUCCAUCUGUCAAGCUGCCCAGAGAUGAGUUUUUGGUCAGUCCCUUGGUCUUACCUCAGGACGUCCACGCGUACCGGCCCCACGAUGUGGUCGACAGUUUGCACAGCCGCGUGGCUCCGUUCCGGGACGGGCGGCCCUACAGCUCAAACCUCUUCAACGGGGUCAGCACCCCCAGCAACUACCAUCUCUACGGGCAGUUUCCCAUGCCAGGAUUCCCUUUCCCCCUCUGCAAGCUGACUGACGCCAAAAACGCGUUCGCGGACUUCUCUAAGAGCGGUCUCCACCACAAGCACUGUUCCCCGCACGACAGCGCCAACGCCAUCAGAGCAGAAUACACCAGGGCGGUUGGCCCGGGCUCCUCCGGCAUCAUUCACUCCACCACCUACGCUUCCAGGGAGAUGGCGAGAGACAACGAGAUAAGGAAGGAAAGCCACGAGGGGGUCGGCCAGUCCCUCGGCUUCGGCGCGAGGAAGCGCACGUUUCCCGCGCUAAGCCUCGAGCACCAGAAGGACUCGGGCAAAGAGCAGGCACCUCAGGCCGAGGAAGACCUGGUCCACCAGCACUACCCGCUGGGAAUCUCGGCCGCCGGACGCAAGAGUCUCAUGAGCAGCCCGCAGAGCCCCCUCAAAUCAGACUGCCAGCCCAACUCGCCGACGGAGUCCAGCAGCAGCAAGAACGCCAGCCUCUCGCAGGCCGCCGGGGUGCAAGCGCCGCAGGGCACGCAGGACCCCAAAGCGCGCAACUGGAAGAAGUACAAGUUCAUCGUCCUGAAUCAGAGCGCCAAGGAGGACGAGGCGGGGCUGCGGGAUCCCGGGCUUCGCUCACCUCAGCGCCUCGGCCUGCAACCCUACCUCCACCCGAGCGAUUCGGAGAACCUGGACCCGCAGAUCACGAGCAAGAGGAGCGACCACAGCGAGGAUCUGCCCGCGCCCCAGACCAGUCGUCUCAACAACAUCAUCAACAGUGCACUCGAGGGGUCACUGAGGAACGGAGACAGCCACCCCCCUCACUACCUGAGCCGCCUUAACUGCUCGUCCUGCGGCACCCAGGCCCCACAGCACUCCGAGGUCUGUCCCAACACCCCCAGGUCCCGUCUGGCAGAAGACAUGACGGAGCUGCACUCGGAAUACUCCGACUCCAGUUGCGAAAACGGCACUUUCUUCUGCAACGAAUGCGACUCCAAGUUCGCCGAAGACGAGGCGCUGAAGCAACACAUGCUUCAGGUGCACAGCGACAAGCCAUACAAGUGUGACCGCUGCCAGGCAGCUUUCCGCUACAAGGGCAACCUCGCCAGCCACAAGACUGUCCACACAGGAGAGAAGCCGUAUCGCUGUAACAUCUGCGGUGCUCAGUUCAACAGACCAGCUAACCUCAAGACUCACACUCGCAUCCACUCAGGAGAGAAGCCAUACAAGUGUGAGACGUGCGGCGCUCGUUUCGUACAGGUUGCCCAUCUCCGUGCCCAUGUGCUGAUCCACACGGGCGAGAAGCCAUACCCGUGUGAGAUCUGCGGAACGCGCUUCCGUCACCUGCAGACGCUGAAGAGCCACCUCCGCAUACACACGGGAGAAAAGCCCUACCAUUGUGAGAAAUGCAACCUGCACUUCCGCCACAAGAGUCAGCUGCGGCUGCACCUCCGACAGAAGCACGGCGCCAUCACCAACACCAAGAUCCAGUACCGCAUGUCCACGGCCGACAUGCCCACUGACUUGACGAAGGCGUGCUAAGCCGAAAAAAGAAAGAAAGAAGGGAACAGUUUUAAUCGGAGGCAAUCUUGACCUUGGCAUUUAAAGACCCCCCCCCCAACUUGUACAAUCAUCCAAAAUUGUAGUGCCACACUGUGUUCAUUAGACGAAUAAAUUGGCCGCGUACGCCAUUUCUAAACGGGUUUCCACUACAUGUGAACGUAGAGCCACUUACGGCAUCUUAGUCACUUUAUUGUUUCUACAUAGAUAUGAAUAUAUAUAAAUGUGUGUGUGUGUUGGGUGUGUUUCUAAGCUUUGAAGGUACGUAUAUAAAGCUUUAUUUUGUUGAAGGAUGGAAUGUAAACAAUCUGUUUGUUUUUUUGGAAAUACAGUAUUUUAUAUCAGAGAUACUUAACUUUUCUGGAAGUAUUGAAAAAUUUUCGAUUGACGGGUGGUACAUAUAUUUUAAGAUAACGAAAAUUUUUUGCGGCUGCAUAUCGUCAUCUAUACAUUUUUAUGUCGAUGUACGUACACGUCGCACCAUGUCAAGUUGCCAUAUUCGUGCAAAAAGGAGAAGAAGAAGAAAGUGAACGUGUAAUUGGAUUUAGUCUAAAAACAUAUCAGAUGACUGCUGCUGUCUGAUGAGGAUAUGCAUGAGGAGAUGUUCUCUAUACUGUUGCCAGUUGUCAGUGGGUACACGAAGUGGGCAACUGCAUAAAUAUUGUGACAUAUUGUGUAAUAAUAUCUGUGGGAUUGCCCUCUGCUGGCAGAGCCAAUCUUAAGUGUUGAACUGCAUUUCAAGGUACUGCUUUAUGACCAAGAAAAUAUUUUGCUUCAAAUGUAUUUGUAUAGAUGUGACUGACUUUUUUUUCUUCUUUUUUUGGUUCAUUUGUUUUGAAUAAGUGAAGGUUUACAGUUUUUGGUCAUUGUUCUAGAUCCUACAGUAAAGUUGUGUAAAUGUCAAGGUUUCUGUUUGUACAUACACUGUGUAUUCAAUGUGCCUUUCUCUAUGGCGACUGGAUCCCUCUCCAUUCAGCCCAGCUCUAUUAAGGUACAACUCAAGGACACCAUUUGUCCUAAUUCCCUGUGUGUGUGUGUGUGUGUGUGUGUGUGUGUGUGUAAAUAUUUUAAAUGCUUGUCACCAACCUUAAAACAUGCAAAUUCAUCAUUGUAAAUCUUCAGGACAUGUCUUUUGGAUUGGGUUUUUUCUUCCUUUUCUUUUUUUUUUUAAACAUCAUUACAAUUAUUGUAAAAUGUUAUAGAUGUAUGAAUGUAAAAUAAAGGUAUUGGAUUUCUAUGUAUUAA